CAAAUAAACAGUUGAUACCCUUCAUGAUAGAAUACAGACAGGCCCAUUUGAAGCCCAUUUCACACUGUCUCUCUCUCCAAAAGGCACACGCUGUCUCUCUCUCUCUCGCUGUAUAUCGAUUCCCUGCUUCACCUGAAAGUCUCUCUCUAGAAUUCAUGUCGGACACAGGUCGGCCACUGCCAAAAUUUGGUGAAUGGGAUGUCAAUGAUCCUGCAUCAGCUGAGGGAUUCACUGUAAUUUUUAACAAGGCAAGGGAUGAGAAGAAGACAGGUGGCCAACCGGAAUCACCAGGAAAGGUUGUUGAUUCUCAUGUUAAGCCUGGAUUAAAUCCUGCCAAAUCUCAGCCUGGAAGGCAUGUGUCUUGCAAGUGACACAUACAUGAGCCAGCCAAGAUAGCAUGAUCUUUUCCCAGUAACGUGUAACAUCUUGCUUGAAUGGGCUAUGUUUCUAUGCUUGUGUGUAUGUUAAUUUUCAAGUGUGUGGGGUUUACUAUUGAUAUCAACAACUUAAGAGACCCUGAUCAAUAUGCAACAAAACAGAGGGGAAAAAAUUUGAUGUAGCCUAUCAUUGGAUUGAUUUUUGUUGAGUUUUCACCUGUGGCCAGUGAUAUUGUGGAUAUCAUUUUGCAUUAUAAAUAGAAGGAUAUCAUUUAGCUUUUACAGAAGUUAGGGUGAUUGGGGAAAGUUGCUGAAUUUAUGGCCUUAAAAAUGCUGGGGAAAGGAUCAGAUAGUCUAACCAUGUCAUCUGAGCAAGCGAUUUCUGCUCAGAGAUUUUGUGAGGAUAGAACACGGAACUGUCUGGUCUGGUCUUCUUUUCCACAUGGAUGUGGCUAUCUUCUAAUCAAUUGUAAUUCAUGGCACCAUUGUGAAAGUCCAUUUAGAUGGGUGGAAAUGGACUAAUAAUAAAUAUUGUGAGACAUUAUUUA